AUUUAAAAGUUAUAGCAUCUCUGUCUUUGUCUCUCUCUAGUCUCUAAUAUCUAGCUGCCUGCGAAUUGUGAAAUUUCCCCAUAUAGGGCUUCAAUUUCUUGCACUCUUUUUCCUGUUCAAACAAUUGAAAUUACCAAAAUACACCUCCCAAAUUACACACGAGGAGGAGUAUGAGUAUGGUCGGCGGCGAUUCAAACAAGGAGAAUAACACCGGCGCCGGUGCCGGUGCUGUUGCCGGCGAAGGUGUUACAAUCAACGUUCGAUGUUCCAACGGCUCGAAAUUCUCCGUGAAAGUUAACCUCGAUUCGACUGUAGGAUCCUUCAAGUCUAUUCUUGUACAGCACGCAAACAUUCCUGCUGAAAAUCAGAGAUUGAUCUAUAAAGGCCGUAUCUUAAAAGACGAGCAAACACUCGAAAGCUACGGUCUGGAGGCGGAUCACACUGUGCAUUUAAUUCGAGGUUCUGGCCCAGCUCCCUCUGCAAACCCUGCAAGUUCAACCAAUGCUGGAGGUCCAAAUACAGAUCAGCAUGCACCAAGAGAUGCUGCUUCAAAUGUAGGUGGGCCAUUUCCGGGAUCAGGCCUGGGAGUUUCACUGUUUCCUGGUCUUGGAAGUGGUGGUGGUGGUGGUUUGUUUGGAGCUGGACUUCCAGAUUUUGAGCAGGUCCAGCAGCAGUUGACUCAAAACCCCAACAUGAUGAGAGAUAUGUUGAAUAUGCCUCUUGUUCAGAAUUUAAUGAAUAACCCUGAAACCAUUCGUAACAUGAUCAUGAAUAAUCCCCAAAUGCGAGAGAUCAUGGAGCGUAAUCCCGAGCUUGCUCACGUACUCAAUGAUCCUGCUACUCUUCGACAGACAAUGGAGGCUGCACGAAACCCUGAACUUAUGCGUGAGAUGAUGCGCAAUACUGACAGGGCCAUGAGCAAUAUUGAAUCUUCUCCUGAGGGAUUUAACAUGCUGAGGCGUAUGUACGAAAAUGUCCAAGAGCCACUCCUAAAUGCAACAACGUUGUCUGGAGAUACGAGAAAUGAUGUGGGGUCUAACCCGUUUGCAGCUCUUUUGGGAGCACAAGGUGGUGGGCAAGGCAGACACCAGUCAAAUAAUCCUCCAACUUCCGGUUCUGAGACAACUGAUAAUCCGCCUGCUCCUAAUACUAAUCCACUUCCUAAUCCUUGGGCAUCUGCAGGCACUGGAGCUGCCCAAGCCAAUACCCCUGCUAGGUCAAAUACUGUUGCCGAUACUAGGGCUGCACCACUUGGUGGCUUAGGUGGACUUGCUUCCCCAGGUUUGGAGCAAAUGCUAAGUGGCAUGCCAGAUACCACUUCUCUAAAUCAAAUGAUGCAGAACCCUGCGAUCUCACAGAUGAUGCAAUCUCUCCUUUCAAAUCCUCAGUACAUGAACCAGGUUUUAGGGCUGAACCCACAGCUAAGAAGCAUGCUCGAUUCCAACUCCCAUCUUAGAGAAAUGAUGCAAAAUCCUGAGUUUAUUCGUCAAUUGACAUCACCUGAGACAAUGCAGCAACUUAUGACUUUUCAGCAUGGGCUUUUGUCUCAAGCUUGGCGACAGCAAACAAACCAACAAGUGGGUCAAAAUGCUGGUGGAGCAGCAGGUGACAACGGAAUGGAAAUGCUGAUGAACAUGUUUGGUGGACUUGAGACGGGGGGCUUGGGUGUCCCUAACAGAUCUAAUGUGCCCCCAGAGGAAUUAUAUGCUACUCAGCUAACUCAGUUACAAGAAAUGGGUUUCUUUGACACUCAAGAAAAUAUCCGGGCACUGAUUGCCACUGCAGGCAAUGUUCAUGCUGCAGUAGAGCGACUUAUUGGAAAUUCUGGACAGUAGUGUCAGUAUUUGACUAUAGGACAACACAGCAACUGAUGGCUCGGUGAAUUGAUCGAUUUUGGACACAAGGGAGCGUCAUAUCAUGCUGGAGAUAAAUAUUCAAAAUUUUAGUACUUGGAUCCGCGUCUCAUCGUCUGCCCGUUCUCUUUUCACUUGGACUAAAAAAGAAAGUGAUGAAAGAUCUAGUUCUUGAGUUCCCCAUACAUGAGAUGUUAAAGUCAGUUUCAUAAUUAGUUUAAUAUAAUGUUAUCUAUUCUCCGCCUCCAUGCGACCUCAGAUUUUCUGGACACUAUUUAAUUUUCAGCCAUAGUCAUAUAUCUCAGUCCACUAGAUUUAUUAUUCUGUUGUUGUUACUGAUCUAUUGUCUCUUUUCGUGUUCUUGAGCCGAGGGUUUAUCGGAAACAACCUCUAUACUCCUCCCCGAGGUAGGGGUAAGGAUUUAUUAUUCUAUUGUUA